AUGGCUUCACAGGCUGCUCCCGAUAAUGACCUUGACGCACACAAGACCGCCGGACAGAGCAGCAGCGAGGAGUGGCUGCUGCUUCGGGUGGGUGCAACGCCGCGCAACUCUCUGGGAUGGUUUCGAUGCGGCGUCGGAUUCUACAACAAAAAAGAGUACACCAAAUCGAUCGAGUGUCUCGAGAAGAGCAUCCAGCUCGACCCAUUGAAUUACAAUGCCUUCCAGAUCAUGGCCCGCGCAUGCAUCGCCGUGAAUCGCAAAGAUGAUGCUAUCGCGGCGCUGAAGCAGUCUGUCGUCUUGGACAACCCGUCCGAUUGGCAGCUUUUGGUGGAGCUGACGUCCAACAAAGAGUAGUCUGGCUCCUUUCGGGUAUGGUCCUCCAGCACGGCCGCCGAGGAAUUACGACCAACUCCAAGCAUGGCAGGUCGCAGCGAGGGUCUGCAAGUCGGCAAUUUGAAAGUGCGGGCUCGGUCAAGGGCUGGACAUUGGACAUCAACAGAAUCUCUCCUUGAAUAAGCUCAUCGAAAGGACCGAGCUGUGCAUGUUCAGGCUUGGAUAGACGCCAUGUUGAAAUCGGGCUGUUGGCGACUGUCUACGCCAUCCACAUCACGGGAAUCUCAUAAUCGAUAUUUUCAGAAUCUUCGUCGAUAUCAUGGGCUCCCUCAGA